AUGCUCGUCUUAUCCCAAGCUCUGAGUUUCUCCUGCCACCACAUUUGUCCCAUUCUGAAACCUUAUACUGGAUAUCUUUCUACCAUCGUAUGGUGCUCCUCUAAGCGAACGCACGGUGUCCUGGACUAUUCACUGUUGACUUUUACACCCUCCAGUCAUUCCGCUUUACUCCCCAAAACUGUUUCUGAAUCAAAUCUGGUCGAAAUUUCGCCUCAGUCUGGAGGCUUCGAAUGCAAGAACUAUUUUCCUCUACGUCUCUUGAGGGUGAUCCUCAAAUGUGGUAGCACCAGCAUGGCCAUCAUAAAGAAGCUAUCAAAAUCGUGCUUUUAUCUCAUUGAGUUAGGCUUACUACUCUUUCAGAUUUCUCACCAGGACAAUAUCUCGCCGUUCGUUUCGGUCGCCUCUAUCAAUGCAAGCAUAUUCUAUGUUUUUCCAGCCUCGUCUGAUCUCACAAACACAAACCGCUACACGAACUUGCGUCUGGCUAGAGCAGGUAGCCCCAACAUUCAAUCAAGUGCUGAGUUGGGGGUGGGGCCGCCGUUACUUGACUAUAUGAAUAUACCCUAUUCUAAACGCCAGAUAAGCCAUCAAAUCCCGCCGCACCUGGAGGAGCGCCCUAGAAUGUCUCUGAAUACCAUCUUGACUGAUCAUGUUCGACCGAAUUUGACGUGUUUUACCAAAUGUCAACAUAUAAGCUGGUCGUUUUCCGUUUUCAUGGCUCCGUUAGUCCGAUUAAUGGAUCAAUUUAUAACGUCCCUUUCACUGACCUUGAGGAGAGCCUUGACGGAGGUAAGGGAGAUAAUUGGACACUGUGGAGAGCUCUCGGAGUCCGACGCUCCUGAGUGGCCCCCACCCGGAACCCCACCCCUCCGACUCCAGGGCUCACUAAUAGUCCGACUGAGUCUUCCAUUCUAUUUUUCCAACUUCAUCUUUCCUAAAUUCCUUUUAGAGACUCGCGUCUUCCUUCGCGAGUUUCCACAUCACUUCGAAUCACAAAUUGUAACCGGGAUAUACCGAGCAAGCCUGACGGGGCAUGCGGGAAAAAUUUCCUGCGUCGAUAUUCGCUUCUCCCUCCCCCUCAUGCAUGAAGAUCCAUCUUCUCCUCAGCUGGUGGCUUCUUCACAGUUCGACUUCUUGAGAAUCGAUAAAAUUGACGUGAAGCUGAGCCAAUGUGCUACCUUCCCGUUGUCACCAAUAAAAAUGGAAGUAGAAGACCUCAUGGCGUUUCACCUUCUGCCCGCCAUUAAACCUUAUUCGGGAUGCCAUGUCUUCAGCCGAAAAAAUAAACUCCAACCAGGCAAGUCCGAUGUCCCUGCUGCAGCGUCACCUCCCCUCAAAGACGAGUGGCUCGGAACCAUGCGGAUGCGGAUGUGGAUGGGCCAACCCUUGAACCAUGAUAUUCGGGGCUACAGUAUUUUUGACCAGGCUUCCCUCUCGGUUAGUUGCUUUUUUCGAGUCCCGCCAGUAGACGCAUAUGGCAAUACUCGCCUCCUUUUGCUUUGGUCCCCAAACCGCCAAAACGUGCAUGUGUCAUUCAGCUCUCUCAUUUUGAUCUAG